UUGUUUGGAUUUGCUCCUUGAACACUAAGCCACAAUGAGCAACUACAGCGUGUCCUUGGUCGGCCCAGCUCCGUGGGGCUUCCGCCUGCAAGGAGGCAAGGAUUUCAACAUGCCUCUCUCCAUCUCCCGGCUGAACGACGGCGGCAAGGCCGCCCAGGCCAACGUGGGCAUCGGCGACGUGGUCCUCACCAUCGACGGGAUCAGCACGGAUGGGAUGACUCACCUGGAAGCACAAAACAAGAUCAAGGCAUGCACAGGCAAUCUGAACAUGACUCUGCAAAGAGUGACUGCUGUAACAAAACCUGAUCUUAUUCAUGUACCAAAGGGGGAACCUGCAGAAGUAGUUAAGCCUGUGCCCAUUGCCUCUGCUGUUGCACCCAAAGUCACUGCCGUGCCCAGCGUGGCUUACAAUAAGACACCAAGGCCGUUCGGAGCCGUAACCUCCUCCAAAGUCACCUCCAUCCCAUCACCAUCCUCCGCCUUCACCCCAGCUCAGGCGGCGGCGGCUCCGGCGGCUGCCGGCCCGGCGCCGUUUGGCGCACCCGGACUGCAUGCUACCGACGCCAAGCCUAGGGCUGGGCAGGGGGCACCCGUGCCGAGCGCCUCUAAACCCGCCGUUAAUGUCCUACGGCAGCCCCCUGCCGCGCACCCCGCGGCCCCCAGUGCCGCCGAUGGCGCCCAGGAUGUAGCCGAGGGGCCGCGACGAGGAGGCAGAGAGAACCAGGGGGAGAGUAAACAGCAAAAUGGCCCCCCGCGGAAGCACAUUGUGGAUACCUAUACGGAGUUCUACCACACGCCCACCCACAGCGACGCCAGCAAGAAGCGGCUGAUUGAGGACACCGAGGACUGGCACCCCCGCACCGGCACCACCCAGUCCCGCUCCUUCCGCAUCCUGGCCCAGAUCACCGGCACUGACCAUAUGAAAGAGCCAGAGCAGGAAGCCGCAAAGAAGACAAAUGAUUCCCUGGAGGCUACCCAGGCUGCUGCAUUUACAGCCACCUCAGCAAGGAGCAUUCCUGCCCACCAAGAAAACAUAGAACCAAGACCUGCUCCUGCUAGCACCACAUCUGCUGCAGGCCUCAAGCCAACAGGACCCCCAGGUGCUGCCAAGUACUCGGCCUGGCAGCCUCCAAACCAAGCAGCUCCUGCCAGCGGACUGACAUCAAACAGUACUAAACCUCUUGGAACGACUGCCCCGAGUGAAACAUUGGCAACAGCACCUCAGCUAAAUGAACAAGACACUCUGGUUCAGAGGGCAGAGCACAUUCCAGCAGGAAAACGCACUCCCAUGUGUGCACACUGCAAUCAAGUCAUCAGAGGACCCUUCUUGGUGGCUUUGAGCAAGUCCUGGCACCCAGAGGAGUUUAAUUGUGCCCACUGCAAAACCUCCAUGGCUUACAUUGGAUUUGUGGAAGAGAAAGGGGCACUCUAUUGCGAGGGCUGCUAUGAGAAGUUCUUUGCCCCCGAGUGCUCCAAGUGCCAGAGGAAGAUCCUUGGGGAAGUAAUAAAUGCUUUGAAGCAAACUUGGCACGUCUCCUGCUUCGUGUGCGUGGCCUGUCACAACCCCAUCCGCAACAACGUCUUCCACUUAGAGGACGGUGAUCCCUACUGUGAGACAGAUUACUAUGCUCUCUUUGGUACCCUGUGUCAUGGCUGUGAAUUCCCCAUUGAAGCUGGAGACAGGUUUCUUGAAGCUCUUGGCCACACCUGGCAUGACACCUGCUUUGUGUGCUCAGUCUGCAGUGACAGUUUGGAGGGUCAGACUUUCUUCUCCAAGAAGGACAAGCCCCUGUGCAAGAAACAUGCUCACUCCAUUAACAUCUGAUGCUGGAAGCUGAUCUCGUGUGACAGGUGUACUGAGCAGGAAGCAAGGUUAAAAUGGCUCUGUUCAAUUCCUGGUUAAAAUUAUUUAUCUAAGAUUUUUUUUGGAAUGGAAGAGAAAUUUAGGAGCUGGGGGAGGGGGUUGUAUGCUAAUUUUUCAAAGGCAUAGCAGUUAGGGGUUUGCUUCAAAAAAAGACAGGCAUUGGGGAUUGCACCCAAGCCACACAUUGCGGUGCCUUUCCCUCUGCACUUGCUGCAUAAGUGUACUGGUUUCAUCAUUUUGUGACCACAUUAAACCUGCUUGAGUAGGAGAAGCAAAACAUCUAUAAAAAAGCAAAUAUCUGAUACUCAACCUCUUGGUUUUGCUGCUGUUCAGCAAAUAGAAGGAGAUUGGCCUCAGCAAUACGACUCACUUCAGAAGCAUUGCAGCUUCAGCUCCAUGAAA